AUGCAUAGGGCAGCGCCAUUGCCCGUGCGGCGAGUGGGGCCUGGCGCAUCCCAUCUCGUCAGGUUCCUCAUUGUGUCUCUCCCCUUCUUCCUCUUGUUGCUGCUGCUGCUACCUGUGGUAGACAUCGGUAACCUCUUUACAGGGGCGGCGGAUCCGCAGCUGAGUACACCUCCUCCCAUUACACGUCUGAGAACACUUGACGCCAUGGACGAGGAGAGCUGUGGGCGGGAGGCGAUGGCGGCGCUUGGCGUAGUGCUCCGCGCCGUGCCGUGGCUGCAGCCACCCGACGGCUUUUUCGCAGUUGAUGUGUUCUCUAUGGGGGAACAACACGCCGAUGUUGCCCUCAGCGGGAGGGCUGUGAGCAAUCACACUAUUCUGCACGCAGUGGUGCGGCGCAGCACGUCACGGCACCACGUUGUUCUGUUCGGUCCACUUCCCACCGACGCCGAUGGUGAAGGGUUCGCUGUUCAACUAUUGCUCACAUGGGUGGGCCCGCGGUUUCUCGGGCAGCGCUGGUGGCUGCCCCCACGCAACAACAACCCGCCCUUCGCUGUGCGGCGGCAGACGUGCCUCGGCGUCGAGCUGAGCGGUAGGUGUGAGCAGUUCGGCGUGACAAUCUAUAAUGGCACGUGGAAAGGCAGUGGAGCAGGCGCACGUGCAGGGCAUGCGGCAGUGUCCUGCACUGGGCAGUGGGGAAACAUUGAGCAAGGCCAUUGGCGUCGACUGAGCCCUGCAGCUGAGCAAGACGUGGCGGUGCGGCGGCUUCUUCUUGACGAUAUUGGCCUUAAUCAGUUUAACGACGGUUGGUGGUGGUGGCGGGCGCACGCGUGCAAGUCACACGUACGCGACAAAGCGGAUGCGUUUGUAUGUAUGCGCCAAAGGCACGUGCGUACGAUCACACUCGUUGGCGACUCCAUGAUGGUGGAGUGGUUCUACAUGUUCGUGCAGCUGCUCUCCGGGGCAGAGAAGCAGGAGGACCUGCAGAAGCUAGUUCGUGCCAGGAAGUGGGGUCAAGGGCUGCGAGCAAGGACACUCGAAUACACUGCCGCGUGGUCCGAUGGUCGGGAGGACUCACGUGUCACGGUGCGGCUAUACCGCUCCUACACGACAAAGCAUGGGAGGAGCGUUAUGCUGUCACCGUCCAUGAUCGUGAAGCAGCUCAUGACAUCCGUCUGGGACGAACACGACGAGGGGCAGUUACUGCUAAUGAACUUGGCGCAGCUGCAUUUUCAGCAGAGCAUGUACACAGAGGAGAGCUGGGCCGCAUUCCUAUCGGAAUUUGCCGAACUGUAUUACUGCCAUGUUGUGCUGCGCCAUGAUCAGUGUGAUGCGGUGGCUAAGGAAGAAGGGAACAUGACCACUACGGCAACGGCCUCACCGCGACCAUCCGCUUUUUUCGUGGGUCCGUCGCUCAUACAAAUGGGUCGCACACAGGGUCUGGAGCCGAUGCGGACACAGGCCUUUGCGCAUACCGCGCGGACGCUACUGGAGCGUGUGGGGAUAACGUUCUUGGGGUUUCCACACGCCGUGACCGCCGCACGGCGCGAGAGCGCCUUCGAUGGGCAGCACUGGGCCUGCUACCACCAGCACGGUGGUGUGGCGCAGAUGCUUGUGCAGACUUUUUUGGCAGGAUUUUGUCCAGCGGUGUGA